UAAUUUCUUAACCAUUAAUCAUUGCCGAUCAAUUUCAUCAUUUCGUCACCGUCCUGUUCCAGAUUUUCCAUACCGGCUCUCCGGCGAUCCAUUCUUCCGGCGAUCUUCUUCGUUUCUCCGAUCAUCUCAGAAUUUGGACUAGCGUUUUCUGGGAGCGAUGAGUGAGGUGUUCGAAGGAUACGAGCGGCAAUACUGUGAGCUCUCAGCAAAUCUUUCCAAGAAAUGUACCUCUGCAGUUGCUCUUGAUGGAGAACAAAAGAAGCAGAAGCUAUCUGAAAUAAAAUCAGGCCUGGACGAUGCAGAAGGAUUGAUCAGGAAAAUGGACCUCGAGGCAAGAAGCCUGCCACCCAAUGUUAAGUCAAACCUUCUUGUCAAGUUGAGGGAAUACAAAUCUGAUCUGAACAAUCUCAAAAGUGAAGUGAAGAGAAUUACAACAGGAAACUUGAAUGCAGCUGCUCGCGAUGAGUUGUUGGAAGCUGGAAUGGCUGACACGAUGACGGCUUCGGCUGAUCAAAGAUCAAGAUUGAUGAUGUCAACAGAGCGAUUGGGUCGGACCACAGACAGAGUCAAGGAUAGCCGAAGAACCAUGCUGGAAACUGAAGAGCUUGGUGUUUCAAUCCUCCAAGACUUGCACUCCCAGAGACAGUCUCUCUUACACGCUCACAAUACGCUUCAUGGGGUGGACGACAACAUCGGGAAGAGCAAGAAAAUAUUGACAGCCAUGUCGAGGAGGAUGAACAGAAACAAGUGGACCAUCGGAGCUAUCAUCGUCGCACUUGUUCUCUCCAUCAUCCUCAUCUUGUACUUCAAACUCGCCAAGUAAGUCCCUGAGAACCUCUUCUCGUGAAAAACUCUCUAUGUAACUGAAGAACCCUUGUUCCAUUUAUCCUUUUAUAUCUUUAUCUGGGUGUUGAAGUGUUUUGUCUUGUCUGAACUGAAUUUGGCAAUCUUCUCUACUCUAUCGACUCUUGCUAAGCAAAGCAGCAAGUGUGAUUGCAUUGUUUA